AUGGUCACCGCAGGCUUCCGUAGUUCUCGUACUGGAAGAAUGGCCGGCUGGAUGUGGCUCCGCUGUAUUUUAGGGCCUCAUUUGCAACGAAUUCACCGGUCCCCGGACCCGUCUCGACCUGAAGGCAGAGCGGGGAGGAGGCAGGGAUGGAACUACCAACCAAGGAGUGUGGAGAAACACGCUGACAGUAUCCUUGGUUGGGCUUCAGCACUGUGGUCUCUGUCCUACUACAGCUCUCCUCUUCUCCUCUGCUAUCUGUACAGGAAAGGUUACAUCUGCAGUAGUAAGCUGGUUCCAGUGAGUCAGUAUGUGGGUACAGUGCUGGUGUGUCUUCUAGGAGUGGCCUGUCUUAGAGGGUGGGGAAGAUGGAAAAACUCAGAGUAUCUUCAGUUUAUCUCCAUUCUUGAAGAAACAAAGAAGGACCACACACCAGUAAACAAGAACAAAGUAAGGUGCUAUGACUUUGACUUCUCGUACUGGCCUUCAGAUUUCAGCUGGACAGAAGUCAGCAGUCCGAAACUUUCCAAGGCAGGUGUUUCUCUGCUAAAGCCAGAGCCCAGAUUAAGAGGAGCAGCAGACAGUGUCCUCAACACUCUGCGCACUCUACCAUGCCACAUCAUCAGUUUUCUUAUUGUCCACUCAUUUGGGAGGAGGAUGCUGUACCCUGGCUCUGUAGGUUUACUGCAGAAAGCCAUGAGGCCCAUGCUCCAGCAAGGCCAGGCUCGGUUAAUAGAAGAGUUUGACGGCCAAAGGAACAAGCUUGUCGCAUGCGACGGUAAUGAGAUUGACACAAUGUUUGUGGAUCGAAGGAAAGACAGGGGACAGAAUGGCCAGACCCUGGUCAUCUGCUGUGAGGGGAACGCAGGCUUCUAUGAGGUGGGCUGCAUGAACACUCCACUGGAGGGUGGCUACUCUGUACUGGGCUGGAACCACCCUGGCUUUGGAGGCAGUACGGGAGUGCCAUUCCCCCAGAAUGAGGCUAAUGCCAUGGAUGUAGUGAUCCAGUUUGCAAUACACAAGCUGGGCUUCCAGCUCAGCGACAUUGUCGUGUAUGCCUGGUCUAUAGGAGGAUUCACAGCAAGUUGGGCGGUGAUGUCAUACCCAGAGAUCCAGUCAAUAGUGUUGGAUGCCUCCUUUGAUGACCUCCUACCCCUGGCCCUCAAGGUCAUGCCUGACAGCUGGAGGCCGUUGGUACAACACACAGUUAGGCAGUAUGUAAACCUGAACAAUGCUGAGCAGCUUCUCAAAUAUCAGGGACCAGUCCUGCUGAUCAGGAGAACCAGAGAUGAGAUCAUUACCACAACGGGUCCAGAGGACAUCAUGUCUAACAGAGGCAAUGACCUCCUGCUGAAACUGUUACAAUUCAGGUACCCAAAAAUAAUGACCGACGAAGGGGUUCGAGUUGUCAGACAAUGGCUGGGAUCCUCCAACCACUUAGAAGAAGCAUCUGUGUAUAGUGGCUAUGAGGUGGAUGAUGACUGGUGUGUGUCUGUGCUGCAGUCCUAUCAGGCAGAUAGAGAUGUUUUGUUUCCAUGGAGUGUUGGUGAGGAUAUGACUGCAGAGGGAAGGCGGCAGCUGGCUCUUUUCUUGGCGCGGAAGUACAUGCGAAACUUUGAAACGACACACUGCACUCCUCUCCCCGCCUCCGAGUUCCACUCGCCCUGGAGACUGUAAAGAAGGAUGGAUGAGAGGAAAUGAGCAGUAGAGGAUUUGGAUGGCCUGUGGUCAGAGCGUGUUCCUGGCAUGGUGUGAUAGAUUUGUUGUCAUGUAUAGUGUUGCGGCAUAUUGAAAGAUCUGGCCUACUCUGCGCGCGUGCCCCCCCCCCCCUCUAAAAACCUGUAAAAUAUGGUACAUAUUCUUUUGAGGUUAGUGGUUAAUCAUACUUUAGUUUUUGUGUCUUGAGGAAAAAAGGACGCAUUUCAUGUGAAUGCACGAGCCAUCUCUCACUCCUUCCAUUGUUCCCUCUUUGGCUGUAUUUGUAAAGAAGCAAUUACAAGUAUAAACACAUUGCUGUAAUAUAAAAUAUCUUAAUGGUGUCAGGUCGAAGGAAUUUUAAUCUUUAGAAAUGCAGCCAAAAUAUUUAGGUUUAUUUCUUUUCUGUGGACGGUGUCUUUAUGAACAAAGCUGUAUCUAAAAUGAUGCUCUUACAUGUUCUAUUAAAUAUGCUGAAUAAAAUGUUUGACAUUUAA